CUCACAUGUCAUUCACCCAUUUCUCCUCUCACUCGACUUCCCUUGUUCUUUUCGCCCUCAAACCUCUUUAACCCAACAAAUCCCUCAAAACCUUCACCCUCUUGUCCCCUCCCCAUCUUCAUCAACAAUGGUAGCUUCCUUAACAAUCUCGAAAUUCAUCUCAGCAGCCUCCGCCAUUUCAUUUCCCAAAGCCACUGCCAAAAUUUCCUCUAAAUCCAUCUCUUCAAAGCCCUAUAUUUCUCCCCUUUCCCUCAACCUCCGCCGCCGCCUUUCAAAACCCAUUUCCUUUUCCACCAAGACCACCCAAAUCUCCGCCGCUAUCUCCGUCGGUGAUAAGCUUCCCGACGCCACCCUAUCCUACUUCGACUCAGAUGGAGAACUCCAAACUACCACCAUCUCCUCCCUCACGGCCGGCAAGAAAGCCGUUCUUUUCGCCGUCCCUGGGGCUUUCACUCCCACAUGCUCCCAGAAACACCUCCCCGGGUUCGUUGAAAAAUCAGGGGAACUUAAAGCAAAAGGAGUGGACACCAUCGCCUGCAUCUCGGUGAACGACGCCUUCGUGAUGAGGGCUUGGAAAGAGGAUCUGGGUAUCAAGGACGAGGUGCUUUUGUUGUCGGACGGGAAUCGGGAAUUCACGAAGAAAAUUGGGUGCGAAAUGGAUUUGAGUGAUAAGCCGGUUGGACUGGGUGUCCGGUCUAGAAGGUACGCGCUGUUGGCUGAAGAUGGAGUGGUUAAACUUGCUAAUUUGGAAGAAGGUGGGGCUUUCACUUUCAGCGGAGCUGAAGACAUCCUCAAGGUUCUGUGAUUUAACAUCUUUUGAUUCCUCGAAACUCUUUCGUUGGCUAGUUUAUAGUUUUGCUUUGCAAAAAUGCCAAUAAAAAUGAGCAGGCUCCCAUGAAAUGUUGGCAGUGGAGAGACAUGAAUGAUAUUUUCCUCUAGACUAUGUGUGUUUUUUCUUUUUUGCGAUGCAAUGUUUCGUGUAUGUUAUGUUUUCUUGGAAAUGUGUUGGAGUUGGAUCCAUUUAUAUUUCA